AUGGCCUGGGGACGAGCUGGUUUUGGUCUCUAUAGCCUCUCCUUGCUCCCCUUGACAUGGGCGAUUGCAUUCCCAGGCUCGCAGCCAACUGCGACGGCCCACGCCGUUUUGCAGCCGGAUUUCCCAGUCCCAACACCGGGGAUCAAUCUGAAGCGAAAAGGAUUUGAGCGUCGGGAUAGUGAUGAGGACGCUUUUGUGAGCUCGUUCCUGGCGGGCGAAGGGUCAUUACUUUCCUAUCCCUCGGCGAUCACGACGACGACAUCAUGGCAGCCGCAGAGUGUUUGUGGAUAUAUCAACGGCGCGUGGUCAGACUAUUCAUCAAUCAGAUGCCAAAACAACCGCCAAUGCGUCUUCCACACCCCCGACAGCAAAUACCCGGGAAUGGUAGGCUGCUGCGACGGAUCGAAGCCAGAAGACUGCGCCUGGGGAACCGUCUGCUACAAUAGCAGACAAGUCUCCGCAACGCCAUCCCUCCUCAACUACCCAACAAACAUUUUCGCUAUCUACUGCACAGAAUCAGACCAGCCAUCGUGUCGGACAUGGACAUACCCCCAACUUGACAUUACCGACUUCGGCUGCUGGUCGACGACCACCACGCAAACAUUGUGGUUGAUUGCGACGACAGCUGCAUCUGCGACGGGUGAUGCAUACGGUGGAUAUAGCACGACGACAUCAAGCUAUAAUUACUAUGCCUACUACCCCACCGUCGCGGCAAUUAGUCCGCAGGUGGUAGAUGACAGCUGGAUUGAGGUCUACAUAUCCGGCCCAGCAGCAACAUCGGACAAGGCAGACAAAAUCACCUCCGCCGUCGCAUCCGGCUCUUCGGCAGGCUCAGAUGGCGCCUCGUCAACCGACUCGUCCUCAAAUGACAAGUCCAACCCCAACACAGGACCCUCCAAAUCCACCAAUGUAGGCGCCAUCGCUGGCGGCGUGGUAGGAGGUGUGGUCGGCGCAGUAGGCAUCGGCGCCGCAAUCGUGAUGUUCUGCCUUCUAAAGAAGAAAAGAAAACAAGCCGAGCAAGGCGCGUAUCAAGCUGGAUCAGGGGACGGGGGUACCAUGCCGCAGCCGCCGCCGCCGGGCAACAUGGAUGUGGCGCCGCGGCCCAUGCUUGAGGUUGAGGGCGCUGUGCUGCGGAAGUAUGCCGAGGUGGACGGGUAUCCGUCUGCGUCGAAGUUUCCGCCUGAGGUUGUGGGCAGUGAGGUUACGGAUAAGCCGUUGGAGAUGGAUUCGAGGGGGUUGUUGCGGAGUUGCCUGGGCAUGGGCAUGGGGGGUAUCCGCGGAUGUAGUUGUGCACCAGUGUGGUUUGGCAUUUCUUGCUAUUGA